UCCUCUAUGUCAAUUUGAACCUUGAUAUCACUAACGCGUUUGAAACAAAUGCAAGGUUUCUAAAGCCAAUAGGACAUGAUCCUUAACCCGCAUAGGGCCCUAACCGAAGUAGGCGACAUACUAGAAUAUUUACCCCUCUUUGAAAAGCGGGCGAUUAAUAUACGAAAUCGUUACUCUUAUUUUAUAAACGUAUUUCACGGAUGCACCAUACUCGGACUAUUUUUUUGAGAAAGCGAAGGCUUAGGCAUGAACACGAUGAGCGCAAUGAAACCUACCUAUUACUUGCCACCCAACUUCUCAACGCCGCCGCCUCCCACUGGGCCUUUCCACCUGGGAACCGUGCUCAAAAAUUUCGAACGCAGGGAAGAGAUGCGACCCCUCAACCAGAACGCGGAAAGUCGUAUUCCAAUUCCUGCAGAUCAAAUCUACUUCGACUACAAAGGCGGCUUCGAAGCCACGCGAAUUCAGCUGAAGAGCGGCGGGCUUGGUUUAUGGGCCGAGUUCAUUGGUAUCGACGGCAUUGGCGCCGAAGCGAGCAUUUCGGUAGAUCGAAACGAUAGUGACAAGUAUAAAUUUGAGAGUGUCCAAACGAUGUACUUCUUUCCACGGCCCAGCUAUAUCUCGCAAUGCAUCCAGAUUUCCGAUGUCCAGGACUACCUUGAGGGACAUAACUAUAAAAAACCCGUCUACCUUAUCACUGGGUUGAAGGUUGCUAAAGGUGUAUCGUUGCAAAUCGAGAAGAUAAGAAAGGCAGCUGUAAAAGCGGAAGUUGGUUUAAACAACCCCGGUGGGUCAAACACUUCCAUUGGUCCAAGGAUAGAGGGCAACGUAGCGAACUCUCCCGUCUUCAGUUUCGCGGAGUCGAGUGACAUCGUGGUCGGCCUCCAGUGCCUUAAGCUUUAUUACAAGAUAGGCUGGUUUGGCAGUCCUAAAAAAUUAAAGGAGGAGCUCGUCAUGAACGAUGCUACCUUCGUUAGCGAUGAGAACAAGGGCCACUGGUAGAUUACAUCCGUCGGAGUUUGACGUCUGACGAAGAGACUUGGAUUGUUCCUGAAUGCUAAUCGAACACUAGUUGGAAAAGAGGGGUGUUCAUCAUUUU